UGGAGUAGAAUCGCAUUACGAGCGGGCUGAGUAACGGAGCGGGCGCGGAGCAGAGCGUAUCGCGUGUCGUCUCCUCGUUGACGAGAGCGGUGUUCUCGCGCGGAAUAUUCUUGCCGCUCGUCAGUCGCGUGCUGACCAGCCAGCCGGUCGUUCCUAUAUAGAACUUCAAUCCUCUUCUUCCUAUUCUCCGUCACAGAGUCAGCUGUUGUGCCUCGCGUUGUACUCAUUCUUUUAAAUUCAUCACAGAAACUCGUUGUAAAAAAUUGUACAACCAUUUUGAAUCUCGUGUACGUGAUCAAUUCUUUGAAUUUCUGAAUUAAAAAUCUUUCUUUGAAUUAAAAAUCUUUCAUUAUCGAAUUUAUUAUUUAUCCUUUGGAAUUAUUAUUUUGGAAUUAUACGUAGAAGUCUUAUUGUAUUAUUGAAAUAUAACUCUAUAUCAAUAUUUAAAAAUUGAAAAGAAUCGAAAUUAAAGAAUUAAGAUCAACAAUUAAUCAGAUACUAUCAAUUUUAUAUGUAUACAUUUAAUCGACAAAGAGAAUUACGCUACAAAUUUGUUUAUUAAUAAAGAAUAUCAAUAAUAUAAUAUCAAUAAUAUCAAUAAUAUAUAGAACUAUUCAAAGUGAAAUAAAUCGAAAUCCAAGUUAAUCGAGUAUGAAUGAUUAACGAAAUAACGUGUGUGCGAGAUCGAUAGAAUCGCAGGGUGGCUGUUGCAAGUUUCAGUGAUCGAUUGGUAACGAUAAAACCGCGUGGAUCCGGUUAACCGGUGGAAAGGAGAAGAACGUUUGCCUCGUCCGCUUACAUGAGUCCGAUCGACGCUCGUUCCAGCUUGAUGAGUCGCGUUUGGACGUCUCGGAUCUGAGGAUCCGAUCGAAGGGCCGCGCCAUUGUUAACUGAUCGAUCUUCGAGCACAAGAGUGAAGAAAAGGAAGAGGCGCGCGCAUGCACAUGAUGCUGAACGAUAACGCGUGGAAGCACAGGCGGGUGCCUGUUCCGAAAAGGACGAUCGAGCUAAUUGCGCUGAUCGCCAUUUCCAGCACUCUGUUCCUCUUUUUGCACACCAGAGAGCUGCACUCGCGUUUACGAAAAAUGGAAAUUCGCCUUCAGCCUGGCGAAGACGAAAUGCUAUCAGCGAAUCAACUCUCAUCCGAAGGAGUGCAAACUGAUUCUAGUCCAAGUGGAAUCGUCCAUUAUCCAAACAGACAUCGUAUAUUCGCAAUAAAGUACAAAGAAACUGAAGUAUUGGACAUCGAUGCGCUCAACAACACGAAAAGAGCGGAUCGAAGCGUUUUGUUCUUCAAUCGCGUACCAAAAGUGGGUUCUCAGACCUUUAUGGAAUUGUUGAGGAGGUUAUCCCUGAGGAAUGGCUUCUCGUUCAACAGAGAUCGUGUACAAAGAGUCGAAACUAUACGACUUGCGCCUAUUGAACAGCUUCAACUUGCAACUAUGGUUAGCAGUUAUUCAGAACCAUCUGUUUAUAUAAAGCAUGUGUGUUUUACAAAUUUUACAGAAUUCAACCUGCCUCAGCCAAUUUACAUCAACAUAGUCCGGGAUCCUGUUGAGAGAGUGAUAUCCUGGUACUAUUACGUGCGAGCACCUUGGUAUUACGUGGAGAGAAAGCAAAUAUUUCCAGACUUACCACUGCCGGAUCCGAACUGGCUGAAAAAGGACUUCGAGUCCUGUGUACUUAAGGCGGACCGUGAAUGCAGAUACCUCGAGGGUGAGAUUCACGAGGGAAUCGGUGAUCAUCGCAGGCAAACGCUUUUUUUCUGCGGCCACAGCGAGAAAUGCACCCCGUUCAACACGAUGGGUGCCCUAGAACGAGCAAAAAUGGCAGUGGAGAAACACUACGCAGUGGUUGGUGUACUCGAGGACGUAAAUAGCACUCUCACGGUAUUGGAAAAUUAUAUACCCCGAUUUUUCCGAGGCGCCACUGACGUCUAUUAUGACGAAGUGAAUGCGUUUACCAGAAUCAACCGGAAUUUCUUCAAACCACCUGUCAGCGAAGAAGUGAAAGACAUGGUGCGAAGCAAUUUCACCAGAGAAAUCGAAUUUUAUCAGUUUUGCAGACAACGAUUGUACAAACAGUUGAGAGCGUUGAAAUUGACCAAAACUACACCUUUAUUAGAAAGCAAUAGUUUGUAGAAGUGUAUAUGAAUAACUCAUCGAAUUUUCUUCUCACGAGAGCGUCGAUUAAAAAAAAAGAAAACAUGUGUCAUUGAGAACGAUAGAUAAUUCGUUGAAUUUUUCAAUUUAAAAAAAAAUGUUAAAAACAUUAAGACUUGUAUUAAUUACAAAUAAUUCAUCGAAUUAUCUUUCGAUACACAUCGACAUAGGAAGAAUCUCAAAAGUAUUUAAGUGUCAAGAAACUUUGGCUUUACUUAUUGAUAGAAAAUAAGAAAGAAAGAAAGAAAAAAAAAAGGAAAAUGUCAGAAUAGACAAUAACAAAUUUUAGAUAUCCAUAAAAAAAAUUCACUUACAUGGUGAAAGAAAUUAGAAAGAUUAACAAUUUAAACGAGAAUCAUAGAAGAUUGUCACAAUUUAUAAUUAUAAAAUUAAUUAGAUUGAUCGAAAUGUGAUGAAUUAACGAAUGUUCCAAUAAGCAAUAUCUUUUGUGAUUCACAAACGAAUGGAGUGCUUUCAAUUCAUAAAUGGGACGCUUCAAUGCCGAGUGCCUAUUUUCUUAUUUUGUGAUCUUUUCCCCUGUAUAUUGUAAGACGAUGUGAUCGUCGAAUAAAAUCGUUUGAACGUGAAAUUAUAAUAUUUACGAAGAGAUGCAUGUGACAUCAAGAAUAUAUUUAUUUAUUAUUGUAAUACCGGGAUGUCAUCGGUUGUUUUGCGUAAAAAAAUGCGAUACGUGUUUAUGAACGCGCGACAUCAUGGCGCUAUUCGAUCACUUUCUUUCUUCGAUAAUUGACAGAUGAUAAUUGAAGAACAUUGUAAAGACUGAUCAGAAAGACAGAGAUUGCUUUUUUAUCGAGGGAUACUUAAUUAAUCUUAACAGAAGCACACAGGGUAACUGUUAGGGCAGCGUUUCUCAAUCUUUUUGUAAGAACUUACUGCGUUGAGAGUGUAAAUAUACGAAUUAAUAAUCAUAUGAAUAAAGUUAUGCAUAUUUUAUUAUUUAUAAAUAAAAUUAUGUGUAUCUUGUUUAUAUAUACAAUUAUUUUUAAAAAUUGGGUUUAGUUUAAUCUAUUGAUUGAGAAACACUGCGUUAGAAUAUUGCUUUCCAAAUGACAUAGCCGUUUAUUUUUAAUGUAAACUUAAGCCGUUUUUUUAAUCCACUAUUUACUUUCUUUUUUUCGUAAUAAACAGC